GGCCCCUCCUCUAAAUUCAGUGCCCGUUCUCUAUGGUGAUUGUACGGGCUCGGAGGUACGGGUCUUGCGCCAAGCUGCUCCAGCAACAGCGGCGGCUGGAGCGUGGUCAUCCUCGCCUCCUCCCCAAGGGCAGCAACAGCAGAAGGGACGACAUGAACGCCCGGCCGACCCCGCUGCCUCGAGCGACUCCCUGGCGCUCCCUGCCUUGCCCGCGCACCGAACUCCGCCUCGACCUGGUACUCUGUGGCGGACAGACCUUCCGGUGGUCUGAAACCAGCCCUGGCUACUGGACUGGCGUGUUGGCUGGACGCGUUUGGACCCUAACUCAGUCUGAGGAACAACUCUGGUACACCUUGCAUGAAGAGGAGAAGGAGGAGGGUGGCAGGGAGGAAGAAGGCCUCUCUGAACCCCCCGUGAAGAAGAGCAGGAAGCAAACACUGCCCGGCCCUAGUCGUGCUGGGACAAGUGAACGUCCGGGCAGCCACUUGCCAGGAGAGCUGGCUCGGGCAGUAGAUGGGUUGACCCCUUCGCAGAUCCUCCAGGACUAUUUCCAGCUGCAUGUAAAUGUAUCUGGCUUAUACCAGGGUUGGUCUUACGUUGACUCACACUUCCGGGAAGUAGGCGUUAAAUUCCCAGGCGUACGGGUGCUGCGGCAGGACCCAGUGGAAUGCCUCUUCUCCUUUAUCUGCACCUCCAACAACCACUUGUCCCGCAUCACCAACAUGAUUCAACACUUGUGCCAGGCCUUUGGGCGCCGCCUCUGCCAGCUGGACACCAAGACUUACCAUGCGUUCCCCUCACUGCAAGCAAUGGCAGGACCAGAUACAGAGGCUCGGCUGAGGGACCUGGGGUUUGGUUAUCGGGCACGCUUUAUCAGUGAGAGUGCCCGUGCUGUGCUGAAGACUCUGGGUGGUGCUGCUGGCCUACAGCAAUUGCGCAGUGUCCCUUAUGAGCAGGCCCGGCACGCCUUGUGCACCCUUCCUGGAGUGGGCGUCAAGGUGGCUGACUGUGUGUGCCUCAUGGCGUUGGACAAAGCUGAGGCUGUACCAGUGGACACCCAUAUAUGGCAGGUUGCCAAACGUUACUAUGGCCAAGAGUUGGGGAUGGGGGCCCGCAGCGUGACGGAGCGUGUCCAUCGAGAGAUUGGGAACUUCUUCCGCAGCCUUUGGGGACCAUAUUCUGGAUGGGCACAAGCGGUCCUGUUUUGUGCUGACCUACGGAAGAACCAAGAGUCCUCAGAUCCAGAUGCCAAACACCGUUGCAUCAAAGUGGCCAGGACCAGCCACUCCACCUUGACUUAGUAACCUCUCUUGCAGCUCAACCUUAUUUGUGUGACUGAUUCAGGCAAGUAAGACGACCAUUCCUGCUUGGGGCUGGAGCCAGAGAGAAACCACCAUGCUAAGAAUAAGGAUUCUGCCUGAGCUGCUGAAAGAGACUGAGGCAGCUGUAUGCUGUGGGGCUCCUCAGACAGCUGCUUCUACUUCUGCUUUUUAAUUUUUUUGUCUUUUUCCCACCAGAGGGUGCUUGUAGCAUAAGCUUCUCAUGUAGCUGCCAUGUAUUGUAAACAGUAGGACGUUUCCCCACUUCCUUGUGACUUUUGUAAUUGCCAUGGGCUUGCUGUGCGUUAGUACUGGGCAUAAGGCAGUUUUUCAAGUGGGCCAUACGAGAGUCAUCGUCUCUAACCCGGGGUCAUCUAUUGAGAAUGUCAAAAGUAUCGUUGUUUGGAAAGAGGUGGCAAGCAUUAGCCAGGGCAAUCUGGAGUCUCAUUCAUAGCCAGUGAUAUUGAUAAGUUGUCUGUGAGGGUAGGCAGAAAUUGGGUGGGCUUUGCCCCGAUUCCCCCAAGGAAUUUCAGCAGACACAUUGGGUCUG